AUGGCCGGUGUGGUCAAAUUACGUUUUGAGGAAGAGGCACCAUCUCCAACACCUACCACUCCGGCCUCUAUUAAGCGGGCGUCUACCCAAAACAGCCAGAGAAGUUUGCCAGAAAUACCACAUCCGGUUGGAAGACACGACAGUGGAGAUACGGCUUCAGAAAUAUAUGCCACGGUUAAUUUGGAUGAAGGAAAUAAGAUAGAAGCAGCACCAUCCACAAGCCGCGAUCGUCCAUAUGAACAUGCGUACGCGAAACUUCAGAAUGAAAACCAUGUACUACUGGAAGUGACAACGGAUGAAGCAUCCGAAAGAGACAUUCCAAUAGAUGAAAGAGAGGUAGCUCAAAAUCCAGCAGAAUCUGUAGUGAUAUCAGCAUCUGUCGCGAUAAGUGGACAGUUACCAUCAAGUCAAGAGCUACCGUAUAUAACGCCUCCUUCACCACGUCCGAAUACAGACAAUACUGUUCACUUCAGCGGGGAUUCUACAGAUUCAACUAAGGGCUACACAAGUAUUUCGGUACGUGAACCACUCAGCAACAUCAGAGCUCAGAGCACCAAGCAGCCUUUACAGCCUCACUAUGCUACGGUAUCAGAUGAUUCUGAUGAAACGUACGCAGCCAUCGAAGAAGCUAGUGUGGGUGAAGGAUCGGACACGUAUGCGCAAAUAGCAACUGAACCUCGACGGAGAGACCCCACACCCGACUUGGUUCAGACUGAUCCUGUUCACGCUUCUAGACGAAGUGCUCCACCAGAAAUUGGCGGAUCAACAUCACAUGCUACUCACUCAAGACAAGCGUCUUCAUCGUCGUGUUCAAACUCAACUGGCGCCUUGGGUUCGCCGAAGCCCGAAAAACGUCAAGCCAAUUCCCCGCUCCCGCCUCCACCGCUCGCCGGGCCGCACGGCACCUCGCAGGCCAACAUCUACGCGCCGUCCCACAACUCGUCCCACAAUUCGUCUUACGUCCCGUCCCACGCGCCUCACGCAUCGUCCCACUCUUCGUCCCACGCUGCAGUCCAUGCAGUAUUACGCCAACCCGCUAUUGAACAAGCUCAGCGGCAUCAGCGCAUGUCCAGUACGGGCGACCUCCCCUUCAACCAUGAUAAACUUCGAAGGAGUCUUAACGAAAAACAUCAACGAAACAACAGUUGUGUCAGUUCAUCUGAUUUCUACGGCUGCAACUACCCUGUUGAAAAGCACAGGUUUAGCUCUGGGGAUCUGAUUCGGCCCCUCGUCGCCAGGGAAUUGAACUUCGAUAUUGAUCAACGUGACGGCCAAACUGACAACUUAUACAAUUCUAUUGAUGGUCCAAACUAUAGUGACUACUCUUCGGCGGAUGCUAACACAAGUUUAAAUUCUGACCAUCGAGUAACCGAAAGUCCGUCAAGAAAUGUAGAAGAAAUGUAUGCUAAAGUAAUGAAGAAAACCAAAGGUCGAACGGAAGAAUCUGUUAGACGAUCAAAGGAUUUUUCAGGAGGCGAUGGAGAACCUCAUACAUCGAAAUUUCGCGGUGAUGAUCCUGGUUACGAGACGAUUGAUCGCAAAAAAUCAAUCAACCAUGGGUAUGAGACAAUAGCCCAUAAAGACCGAAAGUCAUCCCAAAACCAGGAUCCAGGGUAUGAAACUGUAAGAGAAUUAAACAAUGCUAGUGGGAACACAAACUUUACUAAUAACAAUUUGUUGAAACUAAAUCAUUUAGUAGCAGACAGUGGUCCUAACAGUAUUGUCAGUAGUGACGCUGGAUAUGAGCAUAUUUCCAAAACUGACAAUAAUGCUUCCGACUCCGAUCCAAAUUAUGAAGUAUUGAGAAAUCAGCCGCCGACUCCGCCUUAUUCGACCAUCGCACCGAACUACAAAGUACAGCCAACAUAUUCUACGGUAAACAAAAGGCCAAACAAAUAUAACAACUGGACUGGAAACAACAACGACGAACCCACCUUAGAACCUAAUUAUGAAUCUAUGCCACAUGAACCGCUAUAUAAUACAGGCAGUGAAUCUGAUCCUAACUACGAAUCUGUUCGACCGAAGGAUCCUAACUACGAUAGUGUAAGCACUCAAGAUCCUAAUUACGAGUCGCUAAGAUGUAAAGAUCCAAAAUAUGAAUCCCUAAGAUCGAAAGAUCCAAAAUAUGAUUCGGUGCGUUCUAAAAAAGAUCCGAACUACGAAAGCGUUAAAUACUUCGACAUGUCGAAGAAAGAGCCACCGUAUGAAAAAGUCAACAGUGAAGUGACUGCGGGCUCUAGUGUGGAGAGGUCAGAUUCAUCAGCAGGAUAUGAAAAGAUCAAUGUACCAAACAGUGGCGAGCCCAGAAGCAGUAUUAAUAACGGCGGAGAUGCCACCGUCAGUGAUUAUUUUCAAGUGUAA